AUGACGCAGGUGCAGAACAACCCUUGGGAAGCUCUACUGGAGGUUUUGACGCUGAGUGCGCACAUCUUGACGGAAGACGCUUCCCAGCUGCCUUUCCAGGUCCUCGGCAGGCUCUUGGGCUCUGAGGCCACUACGAUGUCCAUUAGUGAGUGGGAGGGCCUUUGCAGAGGACUUCUUGUCAAGAAGUGGCGUUUCCAGUACAAUUCACAAAUUCCCAGCAAGCAUGACAAAUGCGGCAUGGGGUUGGUGGGCCCCGCUGACGGGAGCUUGAAUGAGUUGACGCAUCCAGCAACAUGCUCCAGCAAGGUGCGAUGUGUUGCGGUGAGCAAGGAUGGCACUUUGUUGGCAAGUGCAUCCAACGACCUUUCGGUGAAAAUCUGGGACCUUACGCAGGACUGCCGAAUGCUCUUUGAACUGCUGGGCCACGAAAGCGCAGUGCUCACUGUGGAUCUAAAGACUGAUUGCGUGGUUUCUGGAGACAAGGACGAAGUAAUUCUGUGGAGCUUGGCAGAUGGCAAUAUCAUGAGGCGUCGGUCUGGCUUUGCCGGUAACCUGAGUGUGGUGCAGUUUUUUGGGGAUGUGCACGUGGCUGUGGCAUCUGGGUCAGAUGUGGAGCUGAUCCUGUACAGCAACUCUGCACUCCAGAGUGCCAAGACCGCUUGCAAUCACGAGGCCAGAGUGGCUGCGAUUCACUCCAGUGAAGUGCCUGGUGGUUCGACCGGCGAAUUUCUGCUUGCCUGUGGUUGCGACGACAAGCAAGCAGUCUUGUGGAGGCUAAGUCCGCAAGAGGCAAAGCGGAAGAAGCCUGGUGCAUCGUCCGAGUUCAGUGCACAACUCGUCAUAAAGUUUGUGGUGGGAGAUCAAGACGUUCGGGCUGUGAACCUUAGCCGAGCUGGCAACCUCUUGGCAUGUGGAAAUGACGAUGGCGUGUUGCGUAUUUGGACGGUUCGCAGCACCGGCAAGGGAGGACUUUCGUGCGAUCUUUUGUGUUCCGCACCCGGCAUGCACUCGGAUUGGAUACAUUCAGUGAGUGUAGCUCGCGAUGGCUCUUAUGUGGCCUGUGGAUCCGAUGACAACUCUAUUUCUCUUUUCGAUGUUGCCAAGCAGCGUAUUGCUGGACAAGUGCGGAUCUUCUCUGGCGCCUUUUCUGUCGUGCUGUCGCCUGAUCUGAAGUCGCUCUACUCGGCAAGUGGCGACAUCCGAGUCUGGAGUGUUCCGAAAAUGAUGCAAACCUAUCACUUAACUGCUGCUGGUCCUGGCAAGCAUUCGUACGCAGUGACGGGAGUCGCGGUGUCCGUUGAUGGUUGCCGGGCGGUGUCUGUGUCCUCAGAUCUGACUGAAGGCAAGACAAAUGGGGGUCUACAAAUAGGACUUUGGGAUUGUUCAACCGGCAGCCAAACAGGAUUCUUCAAAGUAGACGGGUCAGCAGAGGAUGAUGACAGGCCACUGUGUUCAACCAUGAGCCUGGACGGCUCCAUGGUUGCAAUUGGAUGCGACACCGGCAAACUCUGGAUACUCAGCUUGAAAGAACCCUUUGAGGCAGUCUGGGUAGAGCCAGAGGCUCACAGCGAGCGAAUUUAUUGUUGCCAGUGGCUGGAACACGACUGCUUAGCGACGGGCAGUGAAGAUGGCAGCGUCUGCUGCUGGUCCGUCAAGGGCAGAGUCUGUACUGCCACUGCGAAGCCCUACGACGCUGGAGUGCGUUGCUUUGCUUGGACCAAAGAUCGCCAGCGGGUUAUGUGUGGAUGCGACUACCAAGCACCACGACUUGUGUGGGUCGGAGAGAAAGGUUCUGAUGGCCACAUUCUUGCAGAAUUCAAGGACGUGAUGCGCCAGGAGCUAACGGUCAUCACACCUUGCAGCAUUUCGCUCAGCACGGAUGACCGGCGUGCGGUGACCACAAGCUGGGACAAGGCAAAGGUUGUUCAAACUUCACGCCUCUGUCUGGGUUUCGCAUGUGUGAUUUCCCAAAUCAGUCGCAGGCGCUGCGUGUGUGGGAGCUGGACUCUGGGCAGCUGCUGUUAG